AUGGAAUUUGACCACAAGGAGGAGGAUGACGAUGUGAAGCUGGAACUGGGGCUCGUGCUGCUGAUGCCACCGGAGCCAGCGCGAGUCUUCACUUGCAUCUAUUGUCACAAGAAGUUCGUCAGCUCGCAGGCGCUGGGAGGCCACCAGAAUGCGCACAAGCUGGAGCGGAGCCUGGCCAAGCGUAAUCGGGAGCUGAGCUUGAUCGCACGGACUCGGGCCUCCCAGAUCAACGUGGCGGCGCCUCGGCACGGCUCCACCAGUUUGGAAGGCCGGGUUGAGAGGAAGGAGGAGCGCGCAGCCACCGUGACGCAGUGGCGAGGAGGUGAUAGUGGAUUCGACGGCAAAGGAGGGAUCGCGGAUGACAUCGACUUGUCUCUCAGGCUAUGA